CCGUGCAUGCCGACAAGCAAUUGUUUACAUCAUGGAAAAGGCGGAGACGUUUUUUGAGACCGAGGAGGGCAGAACUGUUCUCGUGGCCCUGGAACGGUUCGUACGAGGCUCGGCUACGGGACUGGCUCUGUACGGCGGAGGAACCGUCGCCAUGUCGGUCUUGAACGGGAAACUGUUCAGCAGCCCUGGCCAUGUUUUCCGAGAGGCCCUGUCGGUGGACACGUUGCGUUUCUCUGCGUUCCUCGGAGCAUUUCCCGCCGUCUACAAACUUGCUCACGACACGUUACGGCGCACUCGGCCAGGGAAGGGUGGUUCAAACAGCACCAUAGCCGGCGCCAUUGCCGGCCUGACCAUGUUUAUCGAGUCAGGGAAGCGGCGGCGGACCAUCGCCCUAUUCCUGCUGGCUCGGGCCGCUAACGCCUUCUUCAGCACUCUGGUAAGACGGGGGCAUGUACCGCGAGUCAGACACUGCGACACGGCCGUCUUCUGCCUCUGCACUGGCUUCAUCGUGUACGCCGCCGCGCUGGACCCCGAGCUGCUGCCCGUCGGCUACUACCGCUCUAUCCUCCGCUGGUCCCGUGGCUGGACCGACAAGGGGCUGGCCCAUACCCUCCGCCGGACGGGCACGGAGUUCGUCCCGUGUGAUCUCCACAUGCACCCCGGCAGCUGCCACGCGUACACCCUGAAAGACACCUUGAGGAGCUGGCCCAGCUUCUUUAAGAUGUACCUGCCCAUCAAUCUAGUGCCUGUCUUGCUUUUCAAGUACAAACAGCUUCUGUCAAGGCCCACAGACACUCUGACGUCACUCUUCAUCCACACGGUCUGGUCCGGCACCUUCCUGACGUUUCUGGUGCAGAUUGCGAAAUACGUCAUCUGCGUACUACGUCACAGGGCGCACAAGCCUCCGCCGGUGGACGGUUACAUUCCCUUCACGGCGGGGGUGCUCUGCGCACUCUCCGUACUUUUCGAAAGGGCUUCCAGAAGGCGAGAGCUGUCCAUGUACGUCAUUCCCCACUUCCUGAACGGAAUGUUCCUAUUGGCCCAGCGGCAUCACGUGAAGACCGUGCCGUUCGGCUCCAUCUUGGUGUUCAUGGCGUCCACCAUGACACUCAUGCACGCGUACGAACGGGAGAGGGACUCGCUCUCCAACUUAGUCAAAGGGAUUCUCAAGUAUCUGGUAGGGAACUAGGAUAUACUACUACUACUACUACUACUACUAUUACUGACUACUACUUGUACUACUACUAUAACCAGGUCAAAUGUACCACUACUACAACUACUACUACAACUACUACUACUACUACUACUUC